AUGGUACCUCCAACAUCAAAGAAAGUCAAUGAACCAGACAAGGAAAAAAAAAAAAGGGAAAUAGAGCUUGAAAGAGAAAUAACACAACUAAAAUUACGAAUACGGGAGCGUGACCGAACAAUAUUUGAUCUGGAAGAACAGAUCCGAGGCAAAGAUGCAAUUAUCGUUGACAGGUGUCAGCUGAUCGAACGUCUUGAGCAGUUCCAUUUUGAACGAUCCUCACCUGAUCAGGAUUCUUUGGAGGAAAAAUCAGAAAGUACCGUUAAGUAUGUGAAUGUGAAUGAAAAUGAUGCUUUGAAAACGGAACAGGAAGCACAGUUACUGGAGGAAUUAGAAGAAGAACGAAAAUUCAAAGUGAAGCUUAUGGAGCAAAAUGCACUUUUAUUACAGCAAUGGGAUGAAGCAUUAGCGUACGUUGAGCAGGUACAAAAGAUGCUCCAAGCCGAGCUGAAGCGGACCAGCACACUUAUUGACGAAAAUGCGACCAUGAGGAAGCGUAUCAAUGAAACAUUAGUUAUUUCUAAAAAUGGUAUACAAUUCGUAGCACUCCUACUUGUACUAUCCAGUCUUUAUCUAUAUUCAUGGAGUUAA